GAAAACACGUCUCUUAUUUUGGCUUAACAAGAGACGUUUUUAGGGAACAUGUGUAGGCAAAAUGAGAGGAGAGAGGGGGAGCGUAUUCUCGUUUCGUCAUUUCUCUCUCUCGAAACGUCUCCAUUUUUCGUAUGGAGGAGAUCGGAGAAGACGAUUGGCGAGUCAACACUCCUCGAAAGCGGAAGCUGAGAUCCGAUUCCGCCGCGGAGGUUGCAGUAACCGAGGUCUCGAUGCCGAUGAAAUGGAAAUCUCAUCGACGAUGUGCUGUUUCAAGCCCAAGGACGCCUAUAACGGAGGUUGAGAAAGAAUCUAAUGGAAAGCUAUUUGAUUGUUUAGAUGUUAAAUCGAAGUGGAAUCCUAGAGAUGAUGAUCAAAUGAAAGCUGUGAAGGAGGCAUUGCACGUUUCCAAGGCACCAUCAACUGUUGUUUGCCGUGAGGACGAGAAAAGACGUGUUUUAGAGUUUGUAAAAGCUUGCACGGAACAGAAGAAGGCUGGGAGUUUGUACAUAUGUGGCUGCCGUGGAACUGGGAAGUCAUUGUCGAUGGAGAAAGUUAGACAACAGGCUCAAGACUGGGCAAAGCAGGUGAUCCGGCGGCCGUGACCAACCGACUAAUCCCACUGAACCCGGAACCAGCUUACGUCUGUACCCAUUAGGGGGCCUAAGUCAUUCCGUGGCCGGGUCUCGAACUCGUGAUGGUGGGCACCUCAGCCGAGGUUCCUUUACCACCAGACCACGAAGCUCGAUUUUUUUGUUUUUUCUUACAAAACUCAAGAUAAUUGUGUUACUUGAUUCACUCUGUGAUAAGAUUACGCAUAUUUUUAUUGAAAAUACAAAUAUAAAGGACAGAAAAUCAUUAAAAAGUAUGUAAUUAUAUUUUAUUUUAACAUCAACUUAAUAAACUGGCCUUAUUUUUUUUUCUUAAUUUGCAUCAUUUAAAACAUUUGUUCUGAUAUAAAACGUAUUAACUUAGUCUAGUUGUUUUUUUAAAGCCAAAUAUUACGAUGUUGUUAAGAUUUUGUUGCUUUAGUUUCAUUUUUGUGGCACUAAUUUAAUUGAAUUUUGUUCUGAGCAGUUUUUAUCCAAAAGCAUAUUCUUUUCUUAAGAUCUAGAUCCCCACUUCGUCUCCUUUUUUUUCUAUUCAAACUCCCACUUCGUCUCUUCUACUAGACUUCUUUUAGGAGUUUACUUGUUAUUAAAAAACCGAUAAAUCAACAAACCAUCUAACUUUUUUUCUUAUGGGAGUAUCGUCCCAUACACCAUUGGUGGCAUGAACCAUUUUGUUUCUUAUAUGAUGACGACGAUUCUGUUUCCAACAAAUUCGAUAGUAAUCUUUUAAAAGGUAUUAUUUUUCUUCUUCUUACUUUUCUCUUCUGGCCUUUUAUGUUUCCAGAGAAAUUGACUUCAACAGAAGCAUAAGGCCUUUGGAGGAGGAAAUUACUUCUGGUCAGGUGUUGAUGUAUUAUCCAGGAGAAAUGGCUAAUCAAGAGCGUCCAGAAAUAUGAGUCAAAGAGAAGAUGGAAUUAUACAAGAAGAAAAGAAAGAAGAAUCUCGAGUGAAGAGUUUUCAUGGCUUGUUUUACAAUCUUUUUCUUUCUUUCAGUUCCUUUCUUUUCUUGAGACUUAUCUGUAUAUAUUUUAAUGAUUUUCUGUCCUUUAUAUUUGUAUUUUCAAUAAAAAAUUAUGAAUACAAAAACAUUUUCUAUA